GGGGUGACCCCGUGGAGGCACGCCUACCCUGCACAUGGUAGAAGCAGCCUGGCCAGAGGGGUAAAUAGGAAGACGCUCACCAGGAUAUGGCACACCUGUACGGAAGAAGAUACCUCAGAGCAUUUGUCAGUGGCUUUUUUGUGGCGGUCCCAGUAACUGUAACUUUUCUUGAUCGAGUGGCAUGCGUGGCAAAAGUGGAAGGUGCUUCAAUGCAGCCUUCACUGAAUCCAUCUGGAAGAAACAAAUCUGAUGUAGUGCUUUUGAACCGAUGGACUGUUCGUAAUUAUGAAGUUCAACGUGGGGACAUUGUCUCUUUAGUAUCUCCAAAGAACCCAGAACAGAAGAUUAUUAAAAGAGUAAUUGCUCUUGAAGGAGACAUUAUAAAGACGAUGGGACACAAAAACAGGUACAUCAAAAUCCCCAGAGGCCAUAUGUGGGUGGAAGGUGACCAUUAUGGACAUAGUUUUGACAGCAAUGCUUUUGGACCGGUUUCUCUGGGUCUUCUGCAUGCACAAGCUACAUAUAUCCUUUGGCCUCCUAAUAGAUGGCAGAAAUUGAAAUCUCUACUUCCCCAGGAGAGAACACCCGUACAAAACCAUGAUGACUGAAUGUCAACAAUAAUCCAUAAAAUAAAUCUACAACUAUGAUUGUUUCACUUAGACUUAUAUUUCAAAAUGUUUCAUUUAGAUAAAAUAUGAAAUGCUUACCAUACAUGUGAUAUUGACAGUAAUAAUCUGCAGUGUG